AUGUCCACUCAGUUAUCAGGAGACACAUCUGACUCAGCAACUGACGAGCAACUAAAAGAAACAAUUAAAGCUGCAUUUGGCACAAGCAUGCGUCAAUAUAAUUUUGCAGAAGUAUUUACACCGCCUAAGAACUAUGUUUUUAGUAGAGUUAAAUUGCAGUAUAUCCACUCACAAGUUGCAGAUGUUCUUGUUGAUAUCUUUACCAGGAUAUCUGAUAAUGCUGAUGAGACAAUCCAUCUACCCAGAAAGAAGAGUCAGCGCAAAGAUUGUAAGAAGUACAUCAUGCCAUCUCCCUUUCGUGAAACAGUGGUGAAGAGUUAUUUUCUUCCUCUUGGCUUUCAGUGCAACCGGAAACCUGAUGUCCAAAGCAGAUGUGAUGCUUCCAAUUGUGCCUUAACUGGAGAAGAACCAUGGCAGAUAUUCGAAGGCUGCUAGCAUUCAUUUCACAAUAAGUGCUUAGCGAGUUGUCAACACUGUUCUAUCUGCCAGGAUCACCUCAAGAAUGUAGUUGAAGGUCUCUCCACCUCAGCAAAUGCAAACUACUUGAGAGUCUUGAUGAUAAUGACGAGUCACGUGAAGAAAACAUAAAUAGUGCAGGUGAUGAUGAUGAUGAUGAUGAUGACACUAUUGACGAUAUCGAAGUAAUGCGAGAGACCAAAUACGAAGUUGUUGUGAGUCAUCUUAAUGAACAAGUCAUUAAACGAAGUCCACAACUUCCAUCUAAAACUGAAAUAGUGCAAGAAGCACCUGUAUAA